AUGGGUCUCGAGAUUGCCGCUUGGAAAGAAUACCAGGGGCGCGCCCUCGUCAAAUAUGACCGCAUUCAGAUCGAUUCCGCGAAACAGAAGUUCUGCCUUGAAAGGGACGUAGAUAGGUGGAAGAGGAUUUUCAAAAGCGACCCAAGCUGUAUCGACAAGUGGGAUAACGCGCCAAUCGUCGCAGUCUCGCAGGAGGAACUCGAAGAUGCAAGGAGAAGAAACAGCACUUCCAGUGAUGAGGGACGUGCGCCGUCGCUUACAUUUCAGAAACGCCAACUGCUAUGUCUGGAUGGUCAGUCACGCAUUAGAGCCGCCUUGAGCUCAAUCCUUGGGCCAGGCACCAGUGGAUUCGGCCCUGUACACAUCGUUCUCAACAAUAUCACCAAUUCUCAGAAAAGCCACAUCCAAAACAAGAUCCCUCUGCACAUCACACCGAGCGGUGGUCAAAUCUACUCGAAGAUUCUCGAUUCGGAGAACUGGGAGGGUCGACCGCUCAAUAAAUUACUCAAAUCUACACUGGGGCCUGUCAACAGAGUGAGGAGGGAUCUACCGACCAUAAUGUAUGAUUACCCUUCUGGUAAUGGAAAGGCUUACCAUGCAACACUCUGCGAAAUUUCAAUCGAAAAGUAUCUGAUAGGCUACAUCCUGGGCUUUUGGAAUGAUGUCGUCAGCGAAAGCCAAUCUCGAGUGGAUGGCCUCAACGAGAUGAAACCCGAAGACUUCCCAUCAGAAGUAUUCGAAAGACUACAGGGUUGUAUCCCUGUGGUUUCAGAAGAUGAUCGCAUGCAAGUCCGCGAGGUGUUUGCGAGGGCGGGGCCUUUCUGCAGAUUGAGCAGCAAGCACAGAAAUGCCCUUAGGCGUUCUAUCCAAAGGAAGAGCGGUCUAGUUCCGUCAAUGAAACUGUUUACAGUGCACAUGCGGGUCCUAGAAGGCAUCUCAGUUUGUAUGAAAGACUUGCUUGAUAUCAAGACCGGGAAACGCAGGCGGGGUUGUGCAACGCCGCUCGAGAGCGUGCUCAGAGUGCUGUACACCACCGAAAGAAACGCCUGUGAUAGGUACCGCAUUCAAACGCUCAACGGCUGGAGGACAAUCGAUGCACCUUUUCAAGAUCGUCGAGAACUGAGUUGCCGUCAGCUCUGGCUUUUCGUGAUGCGGCAUGACGACCCGAGAGAUAUAGAUCCAAACCACCUGGCUUAUGUGGCAAAGCAGCUAGGUUUCUACUCACCCCGAAUAGACGAGCUUGCUAUGCGGUACGAGGUGCCUGCUCGGGAAACAACUGUGGGCCUCGAGAGCUCCCCAUGGAGAAAUGAUAUCCCGGUUGAACGGAAGGAGCGUCUCGGGCCAAAGGCCACCACGUGGCUUGAGAAGUCAAGAAAGGCAAGGAAAUACAUGUACUUUGACUUUGCAGAGAACUUCGGGACUCGCGCAGCACAGAAGCAUCUGAAGCUCGAAAAUGUUACCCCGCUGGUAGAACUAGCAUGUAUCUACCGUGCAUUUUUCGCGCAUCCAUUCUCGCCCUCACCGUAUGCUGAGAUCCCAAGUCUACACGAAACUUCCUGUUCCCAGUCUCAGACAGUUAUUCAUACCGACAGUGAGCGUUUGCCAGCCCCUCAGGAAAGGGUUCGUAGCAGAGAUAGCUGUGAAUACGAAUCCGCUGCUGACGAGACAAUGGAGAUUGAAACCGUACCUGAACCUGACAACAGAGCUUCGUCACCCCUAGAGUAUCCAUUAGACAGUGAAGGAGAAAGUGAAUACGAAUCAGCUAUUGAGAAUGUGAUACCUGUUCGACGGGAAGAUCACACCGCGACGAGAAAGUCUGAAGGACCUCUGGGAGGGCAAACCUUAGGACCUGCGACCGCUGGCCCGGAGGUGAGGGAUCAAGAGAUGAAUGCCCGUCGCGCCAGCAAACAGAAUGUUUCAAGCACUGUAUCGUACCCGCCUAGUCUGGUGACGCCCGAUUUACGGAUCGCAGCGUCAGCGGGGAUGGCUCCUUCGAUUUGGAGUGACGGUUACUCUGUGGACCCUACGCCGGAUAGAAGAUGGGAUUUGGAGCCGUCUCAUGAAACCCUCACAAGGUCGUCGUAUCCGACUAAACACGUCGGUGAUGCUUUGGAGUGGCUAGAUCUGGACUACUCGCAGCAUCCCUCCAAGAAACUCAUCAAACCACAGGGUAAUGUGAACUUACUACCAGGCCAAGGCAAGGGACUCAAAGCCUCGCAACACAGAAAUUGGCAUAAACUCGGAGCGAACGCCACUGGAGGGAAUUUUGCGGAGACAUUGCCUGUACGGGCCGACCCAUCAGAGAGUGUUUUUGUAGAUAGCCAACUGAUGCCGGAUGAGGACACGAGAAAGACCGCAAGUCCCCCAGCGGGAAGCGGACUCAAUUCGGUGGAAAUGGAACGGGGGAGGCAGGACGGUUCCCAGGGCCAUGACCCGCCCGGGUACAUUGAACCUGCGUGGUGUCAACCGGUUGAGACGGAUCAAUACCGGCGACCAUUUUCUCACAGCGAAAGGCCCAUACCCUCGGGGAUAGUGCUGGAACCAGUCCAACCCGGAGUGCCGAGCGGGUAUGUUGAUACCACAUACUCUGAUCCUCUGGACGAUGGUCGCCUUGACAAGAGCCAGGAUGGCCCUCAAGGCUCCUCUCUGGGGGACGUCCGACAUUACAAUGAUUGUAUGAGCAUGUUUGACGCGACCAGCUUUAGUGAUGAAGGGAGUCCCCUGCAAAAUGAGGUAUUAAGCAAUGCGGGUUCUCCAACGAGAGUUAGUACGGCGCAGAGCAUCCCUUCGGCCGACUCCAUCCCUUUCAGUGCGCUGGGCGAGGACCACGCUGCCACCAACUCGGGCAGUUGCUUGCUUCAAAGUCGCAAUGAAGAUAAUCGAUACAAAGGGUCGGUGUCUUCGUGCCAAGAUGAACCCAGAACACCCGAUAGAAUGUUGGUGGACAUUGAUAGUUUGACUUCGUCGCACGCUGAUAAGACAUCGACACCGCCAGUGGCGUUUCCGUCUGCCCACAUGGAACUCGACGACACAAGACAGGAGCAGACACCAUCGGAGGGCUACGAGCAGACCAUUCCGUUUUACCUACAGACGACCCCAACCUCGCCUGGCAUAGAAAGCCCCUCCUCAACGCCGAGUCGGGAGGAUCGCGCGGGUAUCUUGCCAGUCAGUCAAGGCGACGUCGACAAUCAUGAUUCCACCGCCACGACCCAGACCUGCCGUAGUUUGUCCACAUCCCCACAUUCUAGACACGAAGCAGUCCGGCCUUUCCAUAAGGUGACUCGGCACCAAUCCUCCCCGAACGAGGGCAAAGCCGCCAGCUGGUCCAACUGGCAGCCCCCAACGGUGGAGGAUGUGAGUGGAACACAGCGAGAGGGAGAAGACUCCAUGGAGGGACUUGUCUUCCACGUACCCAACUGUGUUUCCCCAGACCCACCUGAUGAGCGGCCCGUGGGAUCUGCAUUAUCCCCUCUCAUGUUACAACCCCAGUAUCGGGGGUCGCGAGGAGAUGACAUGACCCCUGCAAGCAAUCAAGCGAGUUCCAGGGAUGACAGGAUCGCUGCAGAACAAGUAAUGCCGUCUAUGGAUGGGCACCCACAAUACAUACCCUCCCCGAAUGAGAACGACGCAGCGAGCAGGUCCAACUGGCAACCCCCAACGGUGGAGAAUGCGAGUGAAACACAGGGAGAGGGAGAGGACUCCAUGGAGGGACUUGUCUUCCACGUACCCACCAUUAUUCCCCCGGACCCAAUUUACGAGCGGCCCGUGGAAUCUGCAUUAUCCGCUCUCAUGGUACAACCUCAAUAUCAGGGAUGGGGAGGACCUAACGUGACCUCUGCAAGCAAUCAAGCGAGUCCUAACAAUGGCAGGGUCGCUGGAUUCGGAGCGUCCUAUCUUCCAAUGCUGGCUACAGUAGAGCCGAGUCCCGAGAGGAGUGGUAUUGGGGAAGGAUUACAUCGAAAAAGAAAGGGGGAAAGGCUCGAAGUCAAAAACUUGGUUGUCAAACGCGCCUGCAUAGAAUCCCCCGUGAAAGAGCGGCUAGACGCAGCAUCUGGCUGGGGUAUGCUACGCCAGCACCCAUUACCUAUGGGACAACAUAACGGACAAGUAGACGGACCGAGAUCGAUCGCGGCCACUCAAGAGGCAUUUGCAUUUGUACAUGGAUCAGCAACAGACAGGGAUACGCACACGAAGUCGGGGCCGCUUCCGCAGCAAGGCCGUGAUCAACCUGAGCCGCCUGAGACCUCACAAAUGCAAAGCUGCUGCUCUGUGCCACGCACAAGACCCUCUCGCAACCACGCUCGUUCAGAAAAUAUACCUCCUAUCUGCCUGGAUUUUGCGAACAAACCGGCUACCUUCGAGUCCACUCCUACAGAACCCCCGAUGCAGCGCGCUAGAGCAGCACCGGCUACAAUGCCAACAAGUCCGCCUCCGACUCGACCGAUCAUAAAAGACUGGCCAAAGUUCAGCCCAAUGUUUGGUCGUGUUUCUAGCAAAGUACGUGAUUCCCGGAAUCAAGGUGUAAUGAACAAGAAGCAGACUACAGAUUGUCCCCAAUCCACUACUCUCAGCCACUCGCUAGCGACAAUCCCAGCAUCAGUCACAGCACCAAGCUCCUUCACCCAGAGGCCUCCUCAAGAUGUGCAUCUAGAUCGGGCAGUGCAAGAACCGGUUCCCACCCCAGGGGAAAUGGGUCCUGAUAUACAAGACAACAUGACGUUCCAAACCAAGGUGUCACCGGCCGAUCCUAUUUACACUGCGUUCACAUAUCCCAGUAGCAUAGUUGAUAUUCUACCAACGAGGCCUAACCCUCUACCUUGUGGUUCAGGCAUCUCUCUACCGGGUCAAGGGACUCUAAAGACCCAUUUUGAAAGUCUAUCAAAAAUGACAGAAAUCGGGGCUCGCAAUUUAUUUCCCGAAUCAGACGGAAAACACAGAAAGCGAAGACGCGAUACACCUGAUCAUCCUCACUCUUGUAACAACGAGGUGGAUGUCAGGUCACCAAAGGCAGUGUUACAUUGCGGAGAAGAGAAGUCGGAAAACACAAGAGCGGCCCAGGUGGAGAUGAUCGGCCAUAGCCAACAUGAAAUCAGCUUGACCGAUGGCCACAAACCCCACAAUAAGGAUGAUCUUCAAUCUCAAAGACAGGAGGAUAAUGUUAAUCCCGGGUUCAACGAAGUUCCCAACAAACGUAUCUGUCUGGGUUUGGACUUCCCCAAAUCGCUUCAGUUUGCACUAAAGCCCCGGCAACCUAGGGGCUUUAUUCUCAUCGUGGAGCUUAGUGGCGUUAGCGUGAUAAAGGUCCAUCGUCAAACUCGAAAGACGGUUAAGGCGUGGUUUAAAAAGUAUUUUCGUGGCAAGCAUGGGCGAUUCUUCAACAGGCAUUUACAAAUCGUUGAACUCAAUUGUGGGAAGGCCGGAGCCAUCCAGAUCUCCCGGUUUUUCCAACAAGAAGAUGUAUUGGUCUUUGAACAUCUCAGACAUGAUCCAAUCAAUGCAAAAUCUCCGGCCAAGAAAAUCAAUGGGGAAUCGCCGACCAGGAAAGCCAACGCAAAAUCGCCGGCCAAGAAAAUCAAAAAAGUAAUCGAGAGGGUAGUCACCAGGAACAUAGAUACAGGCUCCCCAUCCACCAAUUUGCACAAAUACAACCUUAGACCUCGAACUCGUCGAUAA